AUGGCUUCUUCUGAUAUCCAGGUGAAAGAACUGGAGAAGCGUGCUUCAGGCCAGGCUUUUGGGCUGAUUCUCAGCCCUCGAUCAAAAGAACCCGUCCCAGAAUUCCCCCUUUCCCCUCCAAAGAAGAAGGAUCUUUCCCUGGAGGAAAUUCAGAAGAAAUUAGAAGCGGAAGAAGAAAGACGCAAGUCCCAUGAAGCUGAGGUCUUGAAGCAGCUUGCUGAGAAACGAGAGCACGAGAAAGAAGUGCUUCAGAAAGCCAUCGAGGAGAACAACAACUUCAGUAAAAUGGCAGAGGAAAAACUGACCCACAAAAUAGAAGCCAACAAGGAGAACCGAGAGGCACAGAUGGCUGCCAAACUGGAGCGUUUGCGAGAGAAGGACAAGCACAUUGAAGAAGUGCGGAAGAACAAAGAAUCCAAAGAUCCUGCUGACGAGACUGAAGCUGACUAA